AGAUCUGUCAUUGUAGAACAGUCAGACUUGGUUAUUAGUGUCCUUACAGUGAGGGUCUGUGAGAGUGACUGUAAAAAUAGAUACAUUUAUGGGUAUAUGAUUUUUUGUUUUUUAUUAGUAACUCAGCUUCUGAUAUUAAGUACUGCUUUCGAAUAAUCCUAUAACUAAACAAUUUAUAACUGUAGCCUCAACAAUGAAAUUGCUAGUGUUCCUACUGGGUCUUUUAAUCACCUGUCACACAGCUCCGGUUGAAGAUGAACAUAGGAGAGAAGCUCGGUCUGCAAGUGAGGAAGAAGUAGAGAACCUGCGUCUCAUGUUGACUGAGAUGAAACAGACUUUGGCAAAGGUCAACCAACUUCCUCCUGCCCAACCAGUGGCAUCUCCAAAGGACCCCAGCAUUGUUGUCCACUCCAUCCCAGCAUCUGGCCCUAAACCGGAACAGAACUCUCUCCCUCAGAUCAACCUCUACCUCUCAGCUCCCGUGCAGAGUAGCGUCCCCCAGAAUGAGCCACCGAAGCAGCCACCCAACCAGGAAGUCUUUCUGGCCACACCAGUCACCAUCCAAGGUAUCCCAUUCACUCCAAACACUCUUCCUCAAGGAGGGACGCCCUUUGGCCCUUUCUUGCAGCAUGGCAUGCCUUUGCCAGGUCCACAACAACCCAUGUCCUUCCCUAUGCCCCAACCAGGCAUGGGCUUCCCUAUGCCCCAACAAGGCAUGGGCUUCCCUAUGCCCCAACAAGGCAUGUCCUUCCCUAUGCCCCAACAAGGCAUGUCCUUCCCUAUGCCCCAACAAGGCAUGUCCUUCCCUAUGCCCCAGCCAGGCAUAGGGUACCCUAUGCCCCAGCAGGGCGUGGUGUUUUCUUUUGGCCAACGGGAAUUGCCUCCACCUGGAACCCAGCAAGCAGUACCCCAGUUUCCCCCAGCCUCCAACCCCCAGGGAAUCUCCUACAUAGCCCUGGUCCCGCAGGAUGGUGCGUCCUACGGCAGCCAACCUCAGGGUCAAACCAAGUCUCUGUACAUGCCUUUACCUCCUCAGAUGCCUUCCUUUAAUCCGUAUGGGGGUUUCGGAGGACGGCCUACAUUCGGCAUAUCUCCUCCAAUCAUAUUCCGUGAGAGGAGCCAGGGGUCUAACAUUCAAGUGCCUGCUGGUGUUGAACAGAUUGAGGACAAAGAGCCAGAGCAUGUUGAGCCAGAGCAAGAGGCAGUGAAACAAAUGGCUGUUUAGUGUAGCUCAAGCCCAUAGGCUUUCUACGGAUGCUAGUGUUUCUUUAUAGGAUUAUAGAGAGGUAUAUCUUUUUGGAUAGUGCUUGCAGCUCUUAUGGUUUCCUGUGAUUAAUAUACAUAUCAUGUCUGCUUUUUCUACAAAACAUGUCAGUUUCCUUGAUUGUAUUUGUGUCAUUUGUUUGCAAGGAUUCCUUUUUGGGUCCAAUGGGAUCUGCUUUCCUCCCAUAUAUCGAAAUAAAAAAAAGUCUAA